GGGAGGUCCUCCAGGCUGCCUAGAGAGGCGGCCGAGAGGGAGGGCGGCGGCCAUUUUGUGCGUGAGGCCGAGCGCGGCCUAGCGGCGAAGCGGGGCCGGGCCGGGCGAUGUGGGCAGCGCUGGGCAGGCUCGGGGCGGCGCCAGCUCCGCUCCUCCGGCUCCUUCCUCACGCUCUGCCCGUUGGGGUUUCCCCCUGUCGGGUCUACUUCCGGCCCGGAGCAGGAUCCGAGGCCCCCACGGGAGUCUUCACCAUAGCCCACGUUACCAUGGCCACCCAGGUCUUCAAGGAGCAAGGGGACCGAAUCAGGUGUGUUAAGGGAGACCUUUUCUCGUGCCCCCAGACGGAUGCCUUGGCUCAUUGCAUCAGUGAGGACUGUCGCAUGGGCGCGGGCAUAGCUGUGCUCUUCAAGAAGAAGUUCGGGGGCGUCCAGGAGCUGUUGGAUCAACAAAAGAAAACGGGAGAGGUGGCAGUUCUCCAAAGAGACGACCGGUAUAUUUACUACCUGAUUACAAAGAAGAAAGUUUCUCAUAAACCCACUUACGAGGAUAUGCGGAAGAGUUUAGAAGCCAUGAAAACUCACUGUCUAAACAACGGAGUUACGGACAUCUCCAUGCCCAAGAUUGGGUGUGGACUUGACCGCUUGGAUUGGGAUAAAGUUUCAGCAAUACUCGGGGAAGUGUUUGAAGACACCGAUAUAAAGAUUACGGUUUACACGCUGUGAGCAGAAGAGUUCAAAGAUGGCCUCGUUCCCCGUGCUUUCAGGAAUGGCAACUUCUUCACUUGAUGAGGGGGGGAAACUGCAUGCUGAGCACAUUGUUCUGAGCAUAGCUCACUCCUGUGUUGGCAGUGGCUUAAUAGGAAAACAAAAAGAACAGAAGUCCCAGAGCAGCUAAUGUAGGAUGCCGCGUUCAGGGAGCCUGUGUUGAACCCUCAGGGAGUUCCUGGUCUGUCCCAGGAAGCCACCAGAUGUCACUGGUCCUCCACAGAGCUCCUGGCCACGCACGGAGCUCCUGUUGGAAGCAGCCGGUGGAAGUGGAGCUGCCUGCUGCUGCUUAGGUAGUCGUUGAUUUGUUCUGGUCCGUAACGAUGAGCUGUGGAGCCCUGCCACUGCUGUUUCUUUAAAGUUUUGCUGUGUUCAUGUAUAGUAUAAUUCUACGAGAUUCAGAAUUAAUUUUUUACCUUUUGGAAGCAAGUAUUUUUGUUACGAGGUUGUAGCAAGGAGAGCCGUGCUGUCAGCACCAAGCAAAUGUUUCUCCAGCGCGCUGCUGUCGGGUCAGAGCACGGUCCAGCAAAGAACACACCCACGUAUGCGUUUUGGCUGUACGCAACAGGAGGAAAACGGUUUUGAAAGGGGAUCCUUGUAACAACACCUAGCUGCUGUAUUUUGUGUGAUGUGAUUGUGGCACGAAGAACUCAGUUGUUUGAGUCUUCGCAUGCGAAUGACUGAUGGGCUGUAAAGAAAAAAAGUCAAAUGGAAGGCAAGGUUUGUUUUUUGUUUUACUGCUUUUGUAGUUCUGCUGUGUGCAGAUUGGUGUUUGUUGUCACCAAAUAAACACAGAUCAGUGCCGCAGAGCACUGCUGUGCACCGGAGUUCGGAGAAUUUGGUCCCAGUGCUGAAGAACUGACCGACUCUCAGCAUUUCCCUGGUUUGUUUUUUCCCCGCUGUCCCAUAAUACCAAAUCUUCUGACUUCUGUCAUACUGAAUGCUUGUGAACAUGCCAGAUUUGUUGAGUAAAUCUAACAGAUAAGACAGUCAAGAUUUUGCUGUUGUAAAAUAGGGUUCCUAGUUAAUUUUUAUGACCUACUUAAACGUGCGGAGCCUUUUCUGUUUUGUGUGUUAUGGAUGAGAUGAAUCUGUAUUGUAUGUUUUGUUUAUGCAGAUCUGCAAAUUCUGUUUGUCUUUAAGAGCUCCAUAUUGUUCCUCUCUGACUGUCUGUUUUGUGAACUUAUUUUCGUGCUAUAGCUAAAUCCACAACUCAGAGAAAUAAACUGAGUAAAGCAAGUAGGAA